GCUUAUCGGCAAUACUAUCUACAUAGCAUAGACUAGUUAUAAACUAGCGUUCUAUGCAUCGCUAGGAAACCGGUGUUUUGGCAAAUCAUACAUAAAAAACUCACUCUACUUUCACCUUACGGUUGUGUAUAAUAGAUUCUGAGGCGUAGGACAGUAGCGUACUUUAAAAAGACCGCGUCCAUUCAUCAAGUGAAUAUUAAUUAAGUGCGACAGGCACAGAUUGGCUAAUCUAUUUUAAACUCGACACGCCCCCAAAACCGUAAACAUGAGUGCAUAUGACGAAGAGCUUCUCGAGGAGGAGGACGAAGAAACACCGAUGGCUGAAAGAGACUUGGCAGACGAUGCCCAGUGGAAGAUUAUCCAAAAGAAUACGUUUACAAGAUGGGCAAACGAACAUUUGAAGACGGUAAACAAGAAUAUUGCAAAUUUGGAUUCGGAUCUUUCCGACGGAUUGAGAUUGGUGGCAUUGGUAGAAGUUUUGUCGGGAAAGAAAUUCAAGUUCGUAAACAGAAGACCAAAUUUCCGUACGCAAAAGUUGGAAAAUGUUACCAUGGCAUUGGAAUUCCUUGAAAGGGAUGAAGGAAUUAGAAUUGUCAAUAUCGAUUCUGGAGAUAUAGUAGACAGCAAAUUGAAGCUCAUCCUAGGUUUGAUAUGGACCCUUAUUUUACAUUACUCAAUCUCAAUGCCCAUGUGGGAAGGGGAAGAGCCACAGCCCCAGGAAGGUGGACCCACACCCAAACAAAGAUUGCUCAACUGGAUUCAGGGCAAGGUGCCCGAUAUGCCAAUCAAGAAUUUCACAACAGACUGGAACGACGGCAAGGCCAUUGGUGCUCUUGUUGAUGCUCUUGCUCCAGGUCUCUGCCCUGAUUGGGAAGAUUGGGAUCCCAAGAAAGCCAAACAGAAUGCCAAGGAGGCCAUGGAUGCUGCUGAAAAAUGGCUUGAUGUUCCACAGCUGAUUAAGCCAGAUGAAAUUACCAACCCAAAAAUAGAUGAGCUCAGUAUGAUGACAUAUCUGUCACAGUUCCCCAAGGCCAAGUUGAAGCCUGGCGCACCACUCAGGCCCCGUAUCAACGCCAACAAAGUUCGUGCUUAUGGACCAGGUCUUGAGGCAAAGGGCAACCAUGUUGGAUCCCCAGCAAAAUUUACAGUGGAAACAUUCAGUGCAGGAAAAGGAGAACUGGAAAUCUUGGUUCUUGAUCCAAAAGGAAAACAACAACCAUGCCAGAGCAAUUUCAAUAAUGACAGAAACCAGACAUACUCCUGUCAGUAUGUACCAGCAAUGGAAGGAGAAUACCGUGUCAUCAUUAAAUGGGCUGAGAAAGAGAUUCAUAAAUCACCCUGGAAGGUCCUGGUAGAGGGCGCCGCUGGUGACGCCAGCAAGGUCACAGCUUCAGGUCCUGGUCUUGAAAAGUCAGGAGUUGUAGUUAGCAAGAAAACACACUUCCAAGUGUUUACGAAAGGUCCACCAGUGAAAGGUCGGUUGGCAAGUGGUAUAAUGCCAUCGCCACACGAUGCUGGUAAAGGUACUGUCGAGGUUACAAUCACAGACCCACAAGGUCAUCGUGAUAAAGUCAAGCCCACAAUUCACCCAGUGGACAAAGACGGUGUUGUUCUUGUUGAGUAUACAGCAGUGGAAAUGGGCCUUCACUCAGUCUCCAUCACAUACAGCAGCAAAGCUAUCCCCAAAAGCCCAUUCGGGGUCAAUGUCUCAUCCGCAAUCAACCCAAAGGCUGUUUACGCCACUGGAAGGGGUAUUCAGCCUCGUGGUGUCAGGGUUAAACAGAAUGCCGAGUUCAAAGUUCAUACAAAGGAUGGCGGGAAGGGAGAGGUGAAAGUUCAGAUCAUUGGCCCAGGUGGUGUUAACUUAAACUGCAAGGUGACUCCAUCAAAGACAGAAGAAGGUGUCUACGAGUGCCUGUACAUUCCGCCCAAAGUAGGUCAAUACGUCAUCAACAUUACAUUCGGCGGUCAGCACAUCACCAAGAGUCCAUUCCGUGUUGAUGUUGGACCAGAAAAGUUCUCAAAAAUUGUGGCAUUCGGACCUGGUUUGGAAGGGGGUGUGGUUAACCAGCCGGCCUGCUUUACUGUAGAAACCAACGGAGAAGUUGGGGCACUUGGAUUUUCUAUCGAGGGACCAUCACAAGCAAAGAUCGACUGUAAGGAUAACGGUGAUGGCUCGGCUGAUGUUACCUACUGGCCCACUUCACCAGGAGAGUACGCAAUUCAUAUUAUGUGUAAUGAUGAAGAUAUACCACAAGCGCCAUACAUGGCACAGAUCCAACCCGCAACCACUGCCUUCGAUGCCUCAAAAGUCAUUGCUAAAGGUCCAGGUCUUGAGAAAGAUGGCGUUACUGUUGGUAAACCGGCAGAAUUUACAGUUGAUGCAAGAAAAGCCGGAAAAGCUCCACUUCAUAUCACAUGUAUUGAUGCUAACUAUAAACCAGUUGAGGUCACAGUUAAAGACAACAGGGAUGGCACCUUCGCGUGCAAGUACACAGCUAAAUCUGCAGUACGUCAUACCAUCAUCAUCACUUGGGGAACUGUGGGUAUUCCCAAGAGUCCUUUCAGGGUAAAUGUGACAGUAGAGUGUAAUCCAGGAAAGGUGAAGGUCUAUGGUCCAGGUGUAGAGAAGGGAGUGAAAACAUAUGUGAAGACUCAUUUCACAGUGGACUGCAGGGCUGCAGGACCAGGAGAUGUUGCUAUUGCUUUGACUGACGACAAAGGCAAAGACGUACCUUGCAACACUAUUGACAAUAAAGAUGGUACAUUCACCGUUGAGUACGAGCCCAAGACUCCAGGCACAUACACCGUACAGGUCUACUUUGCCACCAAGGAAGUACCACAGUCACCUAUCAAGGUCAAGGUGGAAUCCAGCAUUGACCUCAGCAAGGUCACCGUAAAGGGACUUGAAACUCCAAUACCAUUGGGCGAAACGCGCAAAAUAACCAUAAUAACUACAUCGGAAAAGAAGAAAGACCUUCCUUGCAAGGUCACUGUUAUGACACCGAAGAAUAAAACCGUUGAAUUGACGACGAAGAAAUCUCCUGACGGAUACACAUGCGACUUCAAACCUCUCGAGUCAGGGCCUCAUAAAGUUACCAUAACAUAUAAUAAUAAACCUGUGCCGGACUCGCCAUUUAGUGUGGAAGUAACUGCGGCUGGAAAGAAAAUCCCGCAAGUUGAAGUUAAAGGUCUUGAAACACCGGUUGAGGUAGGGGAAGCUAGACCUAUCAGUAUAAUCACCACCUCCAUGCCAAAGAAAGAUGCCCCAUGCAAAGUUACCUGCACAAACCCUAGAGGAAAAACUGUAGAAUUACCUGUAAAGAAAAGUCCCGAGGGUUACACCACCACAUGGACACCUACUGACCAGGGUCCUCACAAAGUCGCUGUUGAUUUCGAUAAGAAACCUGUUCCAAAUUCCCCGUUCCCCGUAGAAGUCGUACCUAAGGGAUCUAAAGCUCCCGGCAAAGAAAAACCAAAAGGAGAAAUAACUGUAAAAGGACUUGAUACACCUAUUCAGACCGGUGAAAAGAGAGUUGUUACCGUAGUAACAACCAAUGCACCGAAGAAAGAUGCCCCGUGCACCAUUAGUACAAUCAAUCCCAAGGGCCGCAGUUCCAACUUGAAAACAAAGCCCGUUGCUGAAGGUUACGAGGCAGUGUUUUCACCAUGGGAUACAGGAAUACAUAAGGUUAAAGUCGAAUAUGACGGCAAAGAAGUCCCUGAUUCACCAUUUGAUGUUGAAGUUUUCAAGAUAAAUGUAUCAGCCGUUGUCGUAAAAGGACUUGACAAACCAAUUCCUCUUGGAGAAACACGUCAGAUCAGUAUUAUUACAAAAGAUGCUGGUAAAUCUGACCUCCCAUGCAAGGUCAUUGUCACCACGCCCAAAGGUCAAACUGAAGAAAUCCCUACGGAGAAGUCCCCAGAGGGAUAUAUAAGCAAUUUCACACCCAAAGAACCAGGGGAGCACAAAGUGAAAGUAGAAUAUGCAACGAAGGAAGUGCCAAAGUCGCCAUUUACUGUACAUGUUGAGGUUUCCGAUAUUACGCCCAAAAAAGUUGGAAAACCAACUGAAGCUGCUCCUGAGAAAAUUGAACCCAAGAAAGCUGCGCCCACAAAAGCGGCACCAGGUGAAGGUGGAGUCACUGUUAAAGGCCUUGAUACCCCUGUUUCACCCGGUGAAAAACGACCAGUCCUUGUUGAUACCACUAAAGCACCAAAGAAAGAUGCUCCUUGCAAACUCUCUAUGACCAACCCCAAAGGCCGCACUGUAGAACUGAAAACGAAACAAGUUCCAGAUGGUUAUGAAACCACCUUUUCAUCUUGGGACAAAGGCACACAUGUCAUCAAAGUUGAAUAUGAUGGCAAAGAGAUUCCUGAAUCACCAUUUAACGUUGAAGUUGAAAAAAUAGAUAUAUCUAAAGUCACUGUCAAAGGCCUUGAUACUCCCAUACCUCUUGGGGAAACGAGGAAGGUCACUAUACUGACACACGAAACUGGUAGAGCUGACGCACCUUGCGCUGUCAUUUCUACAUCCCCUAAAGGAAAAACUGAAGAUGUACCAACUGAGAAAAUUCCUGAGGGAUAUAUCUGUAAUUUCACCCCUAAGGAGAAAGGUGACCACAAGGUCAAGGUCACAUAUGCAGGAAAAGAAGUUCCAAACUCUCCAUUCAGUGUAAACGUUGAGGCAAUAGAUAUAUCUGGUGUCAAAGUUAAGGGCCUUGAAAAACCAAUCAUGGUUGGGGAGAAACGCACUAUUUCAAUAAUUACUACAUCCACUGGAAAGAAGGACCUUCCGUGUAGAGUUCAUGUUACCAAUCCUAAAGGGGUUACCACUGAAUUGUUCACUAGUACAACCCCUGAUGGCCAUGAAACAUUUUUCACGCCCACUGACCUUGGGAAACACACUGUUAAAGUUGAGGUAGCUGGACAGGAAGUGCCUGGAUCACCUUUCCCGGUGACCGUAACCAAGUUUGAACAGAGAAUUGAUGUUGAAGGACUUGAUACUCCAAUGACAAUGGGUGAGAAACGAGAUAUCAAAGUUCUGGUCACAGCACCUGCAAAACCCAACAGAUUUGCGCCCGAACCUACCUGCAAAAUUACCGUGCAAAACCCUAAGGGAAGAAACUUUGAGCCCAAAAUGGAUAAAACUUCAAAAGGAUUUGAGACCUUCUACCAGUCCAAUGAGCCUGGUCCACACAUUUUUAAAGUUGAAUACAACGGAAAAGAAAUCCCCGAUUCUCCGAUAACUUGCGAGGUUGAAAAACUAGAAAUCAGGAAGAUUGAUGUGAAAGGCCUUGAAACACCAAUUGAAGUAGGAGAAAAGAGGCCAAUACAGGUGAUCACUAAAGACACUGGAAAACCUGAUGCUCCAUGCAAGGUCACUGCCAUAGCUCCUAAAGGCGACACUAAAGACCUUCCAACUAAGAAAAUUCCGGAAGGUUUUGAGACGCUUUAUGCCCCACUGGAGGUCGGUCCACACAAGAUCAAAGUAGAAUAUGCAAAUCGUGAAGUUCCCAAGUCUCCCUACCCUGUUGAAGUUCAGCCAAAGUCGGGUAAACCAAAAGAAACGCCUGUCACAGUAAAGGGCUUAGAAACUCCUGUAACUGUCGGAGAAAAGAGACCAAUUACCGUAACAACUGGAAAACCAGAUGCUCCUUGUAAAGUUACCGCAACCAAUCCCAAAGGCAAGCCUUCUGAUGUCCCCACAAAGAAAAUCAAAGACGGUUAUGAAGCAACUUUCGCUCCUUUGGAGGAAGGUCCUUACAAAGUCAAGGUCGAAUAUGCUGGAAAGGAAGCCCCUGGUUCUCCUUUCGCUGUUGAGGUUAAACCUAAGACAGACGUUUCGAGUGUUGAAGUUAAAGGACUAGAGACUCCUGUUCAACCAAAUGAAAAAAGAAAGAUCUCAAUUAUCACUAAAGCAACAAAAACACCGAAUGCACCUUGUAAAGUUAUUGCCACAAACCCCGUGGGAAAACCAACCACCUUACCCACACAGAAAACCAAAGAUGGGUAUGAGGCAACUUUUGCGCCUUUGGAAACUGGGCCUCAUACCAUCAGGGUUGACUUUGACAAUAAGGAACUUCCAAAAUCACCUUUCGCUGUUAAUGUUGAGCAGGCAUGUGAUCUUUCAAAGGUGGAAAUCAAGGGGCUAGAGAAACCUGUGGAGGUUGAUGAAUUCAGACCCAUCAUGAUCUUAACCAAAGCUACCGGCAACGAGGAUGCCCCUUGCAAAGUUACGGGUACAACCCCCACUGGUCGCACUAUGUUCUUACCCACAAAGAAAGUGCCCGGAGGUUACGAGAGCACAUUUAAUCCCACACAGAUGGGUCCUCAUAAAAUAAAAGUAGAAGUAGCAGAAAAAGAAGUUCCAAAAUCACCUAUUACAACAAAUGUUGAAGCUAAAUUAGAUAUCAAAAAGUUACAAGUUAAGGGGCUUGAAAACCCCAUUAUGAUGGGAGAAACCAGACCUAUUUCGAUCAUAACGGCUCCAACCGGAAAACCGGAUCUCCCAUGUAAAGUCUUAGCCAAAGGUCCAAGAACACCUUACAAAGAACUCCCAACUAAAAAAACUAAAGACGGCUAUGAAUGUGCUUAUACACCGACUGAAAGUGGAAACAACAGUGUAAAAGUUAUAUAUGCUGAUAAGGAGGUGCCAAAAUCUCCUUACCAUGUCGACGUUCAGUCACCUGUCGAUAUUACUAAAGUGCAAAUAAAGGGGCUUGAAAAGCCUGUUGAUGUCGGAGAGACAAGACCUAUCACUAUCGAUACUUCAUCAACCGGAAAACCAGAUGCUCCUUGCAGGGUUUCGGUUACAAACCCGAAGGGCAAAACGGCUGAAUUACCAGCUGAAACAGCUCCUGAGGGAUAUAAGACACUCUUUGCUCCUUUGGAACCAGGUCCACAUAAAGUUAAUGUAGAGUUUGCUGGCCAGCCUGUGCCAGACUCGCCUUUCUCCGUUGAUGUUAUGCCAGCUGCUGAAGUUGGUGCUGUACAGGUUAAAGGACUCGAGACUCCUAUUGAAGUCGGUGAAGCUAGACCAGUCCAGAUCAAUACAGCAAAAACCGGAAAACCAGACGCACCAUGCCGGGUCACAGCCACCAAUCCCAAAGGGCAAACUGCAGAACUGCCCACACAAAAAACACCAGAAGGCUACCAGACUGUUUUUGCUCCAUUGGAAGAGGGGCCACACAAGGUCAAUGUAAACUUUGCUGAAAAAGAGGUUCCAAAAUCACCAUUUACGGUUCAAGUUGAACCAGCUUGCGAUGUUGGCAAAGUUGAAGUUAUGGGAUUGGAGACUCCAAUCAAGGUUGGUGAACCUCGUCCGAUCACAAUUAUGACCUCUACAACGGGCAAACCAGAUGCUCCUUGCAAGGUCAAUGUCACAAACCCCAGAGGUCAGACAGUCGAGUUGCCAACACGUAAGAUACCUGAGGGCUACACUGCCACAAUGGCUCCACAGGAAGUGGGUCCACAUCGCGUAAAUGUUGACUUUAAUGGCAAAGAAGUGCCGAAAUCACCUUUCAACGUUAUGGCUGAGCCAGCCAUUGAUUUCAGUAAGGUGAAGGUCACUGGACUGGAGAAACCUGUUGAGGUCGGAGAGAUCCGCCCCAUCACCGUGGAUACAGCACAGACUGGUGUAGUUGACGCACCAUGCCAGGUCACAUCAACCAAUCCUGUGGGACAAGUUAGAGAACUCCCACUGACACCAACUCCAGUUGGAUACGAGGCACAGUUUGCUCCCUUGGAAGAAGGCCCACACAUGGUGGCAGUGAAAUAUGCUGGAAAAGAAGUGCCAAAAUCUCCGUUCCCAGUUCAAGCAGUGCCUCAAGGUCCACCCGCUGCAAAGGUCAAAGCCUAUGGUCCAGGUCUCGAACGUGGUGUAUCAGAAGAACCAUGCAAGUUCACAAUUGACACAAGAGAGGUCACUCAACCUGGUGGAAUUGGAGUUACAGUUGAAGGUCCUGCCGAAAGCAAGAUCGAAUGCCGCGACAACCAAAAUGGUACCUGUGACGUCACAUAUUACCCAGAAGUCCCUGGAGAGUACAAUAUCAACGUCACAUAUGCUGAUGAGCACAUACCAAACUCACCGUUCAAGGCACAAGUUAUGCCAAGCGGCAAGAUUGACGUCAGCAAAGUUCGAGCCUAUGGACCAGGGCUGGAGCCUGGUGUAUUCCUUGACUCACCAACCGGAUUCACAGUUGAUGCCAAAUCUGUUGCACCAAAAGGAGAGGGUAAAGUGCGUGCCAUCGUCACUAGUCCCAGCGGACAGAGAACUGAAAGUCUUGUCAAGAACAAUGAUGACGGAACAUACGAUGUUCUCUACACACCAUAUGAACAAGGUCCUAACAGCAUUGAUGUCACCUAUGAGAACAUCCCCAUCCCACAGAGCCCCAUCCAGGUAAAUGCCACACCAGGAUGUGACGCCAGCCGUGUAAAAGCUUACGGCACAGGUCUCGAAGGUGGGAACACCGACACCAAACAGACAUUCACAGUCGAUGUUAAAGGAGCAGGACAGGGUGGUUUGGCCCUGGCUAUUGACGGUCCUGCCGAGACACAGAUCAACUGUAAGGACAACAGAGAUGGAACAUGUGAGGUUGAAUACGUCCCAGUCAAGAAGGGAGAUUAUGACAUCACUGUCAAAUUCGCUGAUCAACAUAUCACAGGUUCUCCGUUCCAUGUUGGUAUAACUGAUGUCGUCAACCCCAACAAAGUACGCUGCUAUGGACCCGGACUUGACACAAAGGAGGUUCCUGCUGGCAAGCCUGCAACAUUCACCGUGGAUGCCACAGAUGCUGGACAAGCACCACUUGAUGUUACAUACACAGAUCAACUUGGCCAAAAGCAGCCAGCAGAUAUUAUACCAGUGGCUGAAGGCAAGUACGAGUGUACUUACUACCCAGUGGAUGAGGGCAAGUGCCAGGUGGAAGUCACAUACGCCAACCAACAAGUGCCAAAAAGUCCGUUCAACAUGCAAGUACAACCAGGCUCCCCUGCUGAUAAGGUUCGUCUCUUGGGUGAAGGCAUAAAGCCAACUGUACCGGCCAGUAUACCAGUUGAGUUUACGAUUGACACUCGUGAUGCCGGUGUACCAGGUGACGUUGAUGUUGUUAUCCAGAGACCAGAUGGUACCUACAUCCGUCCCACAGUUAUAAACAACCAAGAUGGAACUUAUACUGUGAAGUACACACCAGAGGAUUGCGGCCCUUACAAUGUCAGCAUCACCUUUGGUGGAGAACCCAUCAAAGGAGCACCCUUCAAAACAGUUGCCAUACCCACUGGAGAUGCUUCCAAGUGCAAGAUUACAGAUGGACUUCAACAGACCAUCCCAGUUCAGAAAGAGACAAUGAUUACAGUGGAUGCUUCACAGGCCGGUACCGGCAAAGUAACGUGCCGUAUUCGCAGCCCGACUGGUGCCGAAAUCGACAUUGAUAUUGUUGAGAAUGUUGACGGCACAUUUAACAUCCAGUUUACUCCCGCAAAUCCUGGAGAUUACUGUAUCAGUAUCAAGUUUGGAGGUCAGAGUAUCCCGGAGGGAGACUACAUUAUCCAGUCAGGUGCUGAUGUAACAUUCUAUGGAACUAUAGAACUCGCUGUAGAUGAUGCAGAGUGGCAGGAGUAUCUAUGUAAGCAAAACCCUCAGGUGGGUGAGGAUUUCAUCACCCCAGACCAGAUUGACAGUGUUCAAGCUGCCGCCCCAGGGGCAGGCCUGUACCAGCCAGCGGAGUUCCGCAUACCUGUUGGACCGAUCUUCAACUUUGUCACUGCCUAUGUUGUCAUGCCUUCUGGAAAGAAAGCAUAUCCAAAGAUCGAAGACAACAAAGAUGGUACCGUCACAGUGCGAUACCAGCCACAGGAAACUGGUCUUCAUGAACUGCAUCUCUGCUAUAACCAGCAAGAAAUUGCAGGCAGCCCAUUCCAGUUCCAUGUGGACGCUGUCAACAGUGGAUUUGUGACGGCCUACGGUCCAGGUCUCAGUCAUGGUGUAGUAGGAGUACCUUCUGAAUUCACCAUAGUAACAAAGGAUGCUGGCGCAGGUGGCUUGUCCCUUGCUAUUGAGGGCCCAUCAAAGACAGAAAUCAAGUGCAAGGAUAAUGAAGAUGGCACAUGUACUGUCACUUAUCUACCAACAGCUCCCGGAGAAUACAACAUCACAGUUAAAUUUGCCGACAAAAACAUCUCUGGAUCGCCAUUUGUUGCUAAAGUCACAGCUGGAGAGCCCAAACAAAGAGCCCAGAUUGGACGAAGCAGUGAGGUUAGCCUCAAGGUCACAGAGACAGACAUAACCAAUCUCACAGCCUCAAUCAGAAGCCCAUCCAAGAAGGAGGAACCAUGCAUGCUCAAACGUUUACCCAACGGACAUUUAGGAAUCUCAUUCACACCAAGAGAGACCGGCGAGCACCUUGUAAAUGUUUACAGGAAUGGAGUACACAUUGCAAACAGUCCAUUCACCAUCAUGGUGGGAGAGACAGAGCUCGGCAACGCUGGCAAGGUGAAGGUCUACGGAAAGGGUCUCGAGGAAGGAAUGGCCAAUGAAGUCAAUGAGUUUAUUGUUGACACUAGGGAUGCAGGCUAUGGUGGUCUUAGUUUAUCAAUUGAGGGCCCAAGCAAGGCGGAUAUAGAGUGCCUUGAUAAUGAGGAUGGAACAUGCAGGGUAACAUACAAGCCCACAGAGCCCGGAACUUACAUCAUUAACAUCAAAUUCGCUGAUGAACAUGUACCAGCAAGUCCAUUCAAGGUGAAGAUCGGAGGGGAACCAUCCGAGCGUGUGAUUGAAAGGAUCAUGAGACACAGGGAAGCAGUCGAUGUGAGCCAUGUUGGCAGCGAGUGUGAACUUAGCCUUAAGAUUCCAGCAUCAUUCUUUAUGAGAAUGAUGGGAUAUAGUGUAAGCCACCAGACAACUCAGACAGGUACCAGUCCAUUUGACAUGACUGCCUCUGUUACCAGUCCAUCUGGAGUUACGGAACUUUGCGAUGUUGUCAGCCUUGAUGACUGUCACUACAGUAUCAAAUUUAUUCCCAAAGAGAUGGGUAUACACACAGUCAGCGUAAAACACAAGGACAUGCACAUCCCUGGAAGUCCCUUCCAGUUCACUGUAGGCCCAAUCGCAGGCGGUGGUGCACACAAGGUUCACGCAGCUGGCCUUGGUCUCAUACGUGGAGAAGUCAGUCAACCAAAUGAGUUUAACAUCUACACACGUGAAGCAGGUGCAGGAGGUCUGUCUAUCGCCAUUGAAGGUCCAUCAAAGGCCGAGGUAGAUUUCGAAGACAGGAAGGAUGGAUCAUGCGGAGUCACAUACCAAGUUACAGAGCCAGGAGAGUAUCUGAUAUCAAUUAAGUUCAAUGAUGAGCACAUACCCGAAUCUCCGUUCCGUGUUCCUAUCACACCAAGCAUUGGAGAUGCCAGGAAAAUCUCCGUUCAGGCGCUACAGAGCAAGGGAUUAGCUAUUGGCAAGCCUUGCUCAUUUGUUGUAAACUUCAAUGGUGCUCCAAAGGGCAAACUUCAGGCCCGCGUUGUCAGCCCAUCAGGGUCCGAAGAUGAGGCUUUGGUACAAGAAAUUGAUGAAGGAGAGUACGCAGUUAGAUUUAUCCCCAGAGAAAAUGGCCCUCACUUAAUAUAUAUAUCAUUUGACGGAUGCCAGAUUCCAGACAGUCCAUUUAGAAUCCAAGUAGGAACAGUUCACGCCGACCCAGGAAUGGUACAGGCUUAUGGUGAUGGUCUGAAAACAGGAAAAACUGGCCAGACAGCCAAGUUCAUUGUCAACACAGUAAAUGCAGGAUCAGGAGCUCUGUCAGUGACCGUGGAAGGUCCCUCAAAGGUGAAACUGGAGUGCCGAGAGGUAGAUGAUGGAUACGAGUUCUCAUACACCCCUACAGCACCAGGAGAUUAUCUUAUCACAAUCAAAUAUGCUGGAACUAACAUUGCUGGCAGUCCAUUCAAAGCUAGAAUUGAAGGACAAGGCAAGCCCAGUGGUUUCCAGGAACAGGCAUCUGUUGUCGUGGAAACAGUAACAAAGACAAGUUCAAUGAGCAAGUUUGCAUCUUUCAUGCCAUUCGUAUCAGAUGCUUCCAAGGUGACAGUUGAAGGCAAUGGCAUUAAGAAGGGAUACAGAAAUAAGCAGUGCACAUUUAAUGUUGACACUUCACAAGCCGGACACAAUAUGCUGUUUAUUGGAAUGAUUGGUCCUAAAGGCCCAUGUGAAGAGUUGUGUGUAAAACACUACCCAGGACAGCCUUACAAGAUCACAUACUUAGUUAAAGAACGUGGAGAUUACAUGCUAGCAAUAAAAUGGGGAGAGGAGCAUAUCCCUGGCUCACCCUUCUACGUGAAAGUGGAAUAAUCCAACUGACAUUCUGUUUAGAGAUUAUAUUUAGGUCAUUUUAAAAUUUUCAUCAUUAUAUAUAUAUAUCAGCCAUUCUUGUCUUAAUGUGUUGAAUGGAUGUAGACAAUAUUAUCUUGAAUACGUGCUGAAAAUUUUGACAUUCGAACAGCCUAUGACCAUUAAACUUUCAGAAUGUCAUAAUCCAGCUGUGCAUCGUAAAACAUGCCGAAAAUAUGGCAUAUGUGUAUACCGAAAUCUCAUUCAUAAUGGUGCUUCCAUAUGGGUUGUAUGGAUUACUGUGUAACAGUGUAAGCAGCUAAGUUUCAAGUUGUUCUAUGCAAUACGUAAGCUUUUUACACAUGUUAUUUGUACUCUUAACAUAUAUCAAGUAUUCGAAUACUGCCUUAUGUAAAUUUGAUGCAAUUUUCGUCACAGGAAUUUUAAAAAAUUAAGCGCUGACUCAAAUUUACGAGGAUGAAGAACAAAUAUUUUUUCUGGGAUAUAUAAAAAUGUCAGUUUUUUUACUGUAUGCCAGACAAAGUUUAGUUUGAAUCUCAAUGUGUUAAGUGCAACAAAGUGGUUGUUGUUAAGUGGUAAAUAUUUAUACGUGGGUUUAUCGUUUUUCAUUUGACUUUUUUAUGUCGUUUUGUGCUUUUUGUGUUAAGGCCAGUGCAAUGACGUAGGAACUGUACUCUUCAUUCAUCUGUCUUGUCACGAAACACUAGGAUCAGGUCGAAUGUGCAAGUAAAAUCUGCCGACUCAAAUUUAUAGUGCUAAAUGCACAUUAAAUAUAUUUCCUAUAGGUGAAUUAUAUCUCCAUAAUAUCGCUGUUUUCAUUAUGAUGCGUCUUUAUUCAAAAUGCUUCUCUAUAUGACGAUAAUCUCAUACUUACGCUAUAUGCAGCAAAAAAGUGUUAAAGUGUCUGUUAAUUGUUGAAAAUUGUUUAUGUAUUUACUUGUUAUGUAUGUAAAAUAUUUUCAUGACCCCCAUAAUUUAUGACACACUCAUAUGACCUCCAAGGUCACAUAGUAAUAUUAAUUACUUUGAAAUCCAGAAAAUAGAUGUGAAAUGACUCUUGAAAUGUUUCUGGAUAUAAAAAUGUUCGAAAAACUUGUGCAGAAAUCCACAUUUUCAGCAUUUUCUAUAUUGUUCAAAGAAGAAUGGCCUUGACCUUGGAGGUUAUGUGACCUUACAAUGACCCCUUGUUUAAGACUGUAAAUGUAAAUAUUAAUAUGAAGGAUUGUUAUAUAACCAUUUAUUUUGAGUGCUAUAGUCAUGUUAUCCAAUUUUGCUUUACAUCAUAUAUGCAACUGCGAAAAAAAUCUCUUAAAUAAUUUUCUUUUUUUUCUUUACUAGUUAGUUAGAGAUUGAAGUUAAUGGAGCUAGGAACAAAUUUAGAAACUAAGAAAAGAUGGAGUGAAACUCCAAAAUGGUAAAGUGGAAAACACUUAACCCAACCAUUUUCUUUCCCACAAAACUGAAACCAUUAAAACAAACCCUGUGUAAGGAUGUUUAAGAGAUAGUUUUAAGGGGUCUCAAUUAUUAAAACAACAGUGUAGUACAAUAAAAACAUAGAGCUUUAGUACUACAACACUAAAAUGGGAUACUGAGCAGCUUUUUAUAGUGCAAAUUUAUAUGUUACAUUUUGUCAAUAAAUAUAAAUUUUC